GUAAGUUUUUUGGUAUAUGGUCUCACUGUACAUCGCACGUGUUUAAAAAAUUGUUUUUCUUCUGACAAAAAUUCAUUAAUUGACAAACUCAAAGAUGGUUAAAGUACAAAAACCACAGCCAAAGUCGCUAAGCAAAAGCACUAGCAUUGAGGGCGUGGCCAAGAAGAAGAAAACCACGCAAAAGGGCAAGUUGGCCGAAGCAGCCCUCCUGGAAGUAGCGGCACCCAUCAAAAAGGUAAAAAAUGUCGCGCCGAAAAAAGGAGAUGUCGCUGAAAAACCCAAAAAAGAACAAAAGAAACCUGUUGAGAAACAGAAACACCCAAAAGCCGCCAAAAGGCCCUUGGUAAUGGCUCCUCCAGAGUCGCCGGCUGCCUCCCCCGUCGUUGUGAAAAAAUCAAAGGUAAAGGCCGCCGCCAUUCCAGCCACUCCUGCCGCCAAAAAGCCACUGAUUUUGGCGCCAUCUCCAUCACCAGCUAAACCAGCGCCUGCCAAAAAGCAAAAGAAAGUCAAGCCCGCUCCCGUUGAGCCUCCCAAGAAGUCGGCUAAAAAAUUAGUUGUAGAAGAAGCUCCCGCUAAGAAGGGAGCUGUGGCUGCAUCUGCAGCUCCUGCAAAGAAAGCAGCUUUAGGCAAGAAAGCGGAUCCAGCUCCAGUGAAGAAGACAGUAGAAGCACCAGUUCCAGCUGCAACCAAGAAAGAUAACAAGAAAGCAGCUCCAGCUAAGAAAACACCGGCCGCUCCUGCCAAGAAAACACCUGAAGUACCGGCCAAGAAAGCAGAAACAGCCAAGAAAGCAGCAGCAGUAGCUAAGAAAUCCGUGGAGGCUCCAGUCAAGGAAGCAGCUCCUGCCAAGAAACCAGUGGAAGCUCCAGUUAAAAGUUCAAAGAAGGCAGUCAAACAAACGACAAAAGCAGUGCCAUUAGUAGCUGAACCUGUCGCCAAAUUAGCCAAACCAGCCGCAGCGUCGCUACAGAAGAAAAGCAAGCCACUCAAGAAACUCACCAAGCCAGACAAGUCGCCGAAAAUUAAAAAGUCAGUCAAAUCGGUCAAGGGAAAAGCCAACAAAAAGGCAAAGAAGCCAAAAAAGAAGCCCGUCGAGUUGAAAUUUGAAUUGAAGCCCUUCAAUGAGCAAAAGUUCCGUGACAUAGUCUCCGAAUCGAAUGUGCUCAAGGUAUGCCAAGCCCUCAAGAUGCAAGUGGCCGAAGAGGUGGCCAAGAAGAAGUCCGCCUCGAUAUUCACCGACUACCGCUACAUACUGCAAGUGUGCAGCUAUAAGAUACCCAGCUGCCCCAAGCGUGUGGUCAAGCUGGGUCUGAAGCACUCGCUGGUGGGUAGCGACGAUGAUGUGGCAAUCAUUGUGUCGGACUUGCAGCGCGGUGCAAAGUUUGACUUUGAGCCCACCAAGGCCCACUAUGAGGAUCUGUUCAGCGAGCUUGGCAUCGAGCAGCGUCUGACUGUGGUACCAUUCAAUCAGCUGCGCAACGAGGUGAAUAGCUUUGAGGCCAAGCGCAAGUUCCUCAAUACCUAUGACUACUUCAUGUGCGACGGCAAGCUGUCGGGUCAGGCCAGUGCCUUUCUGGGCAAGUUUACCCAGAAGCCACGCAAUGUCCUGCAUCCGGUGCGUCUGAGCAAGGACAAUGCCCAGCUUCAGAAGGAGAUAUCGCGUGCUCUGUGCCGCACCGCUUACAGGCAGCUGAGCAAGGGCGAUCUUACCGCCGUCCCCGUGGGCAAUCACGAGCACAGCGCCGAACAGCUGGCGGAGAAUAUUCUACUGGUGACCAAGCAACUGGAGACGUGCUAUCCUGGGGGCCUGGCCAACAUUCGUUCGUUGUAUGUUAAAAUCGAUAUUGUGGGAACCUCGGCUCUGCCCCUGUACAUCAGUAUGUGUGCCGCCCCAGCGGACACGCCGUAUGUGGUCGGACCACGUGAGCAGCGCAUGCUGAAGCUGAAGAAGCAGGCCAACGAGGUGCUCUCCCGUUUCGCCCUCACCAAGGAUGCCGAGUUUGUGAAGUUGACCUGGCAGCAGGUGAAGCGCAAGGCAGAGAUUCGCGAAGAGAAGGCGGCUCUCUUGGCAGCCGAUGCAGCUGGUGCUGCUACUACUCCUAAGGAUAACGAUGGCGAGGACACUGCUGUGCCCACGAAGAAGGCUCGCAAAGAAUCGACGAGCGAGGCGAACAAGGAUGAAGCUGAAUCGGAUGAAGAUGAAGUCGAGGAGGAAGAUGAGAAUGCUGAAGGGGCUGGUGAAGAUGAAGAUGAUAAUGAGGGUGGGGAGGAUGACGAUGACAGCGAUGAAGACGCCGAAGAAGACGGCGACGAUGAUGAUGAUGAUGAUGAUGAAGAAGAAGAUGAUGACGAUGAUGAAGACGACGACGACGACGACGAUGAUGAGUAAGCGUGCCUUCUGGCAAAUUUACUUUCCUUUAGUCGUAGUUCUUGGAUAUCCCCUCCCACAACCCACAAUAAUUCUAACUAUAUUUUCGUAUUGAACAUUUUGAAACACUUUUAAGGAAUAAACGAAUUGUUUUUAAGUUAAAAAUUAA